UAUCGUUUAUGUUAAUAUAACGAUAUAUGGCUUUCCUUUGCAUAAGCUUAGUAUCUCCCUUCAGCUAAGAGAAGCAGCGAAUGAAUGAAGAUUAGGGAUUUGUCGCUGCUUAGUCUCAAUUCACUCCAAAAGAACCCUUCAAGAAAUUCCGAACACUUUUGAGGCAUUAGCUUUGCAUUGCACCGAAGCCAGCAUGAACGUGUUAGUCCCACAGCAGCACCACCACAACCUAUCAUUCUCCCAAUGCAGCUUCCUUUUCAAUCCCAUGAAGACCCUUCAUUUUGUUCAGCCUCCGGCACGUGCGAGCAGCGUGAUCCGCAUGGGUGGGGGUCCCCGCACGUACCCGGGGGGCGUGUCGAAGUGGCAGUGGAAGCGCAUGCAGGAGAGGAAGGCGAAGCAGCUGCUGAAGGCGCGGCUGGGCCGGGAGCGGCAGAUAUACGAGAUGCGGAAGCGGGCGGAGCUGAAGGCGGCGGUGUCGGAGUUGGAGAGGCCGUGGGAGGCUGUCAAGAGAGAGGAGGCUCCUAACUUGUUCUCCGUUGGGGCUGAUGAGCAGGUGAAGGUUCUUGCUGACAGGUUCCAGAGGCCCGGUGGGUUUGACAUGUGGAGUGAGAGGGAUGGGCCUAUGCUGUUUGAGAGCCCUGAUGAGUUGCCCUCUGCUAGGUUUUUCCCCAAAGGGGUUGUGCAUAGUGUUAAGCCUUAUAGGAGGGUUGAUGGGUAUGGGUUGGUGAAGGGGGGUUUGUUGGAGGGAAAUGAUUGUGGUGGAGGUUUGAGUGAGGAGGGGAUUGAGUUGGAGGAUGUUGAUGGUUCUCAAUUGGAAGGUGAUGGUGGAGAGUAUUUAUCUUCUGAUGUGAGUUAUGGAGUGGAGGGGGAUGGUGGAUUGAGGGAAAAGUGGGACGGGAGGGGGGUUUUGUUGGAGGAUUUUGGUGGGUCUGAAUUGGAAGGUGAUGAUGGAGAGUGUUCAUCUUCUGAUGUGAGUUAUGGGAGGAAUGGAGUGGACGGUCAUGGUGGAUUGGGAAGGAAUGUGAAUGGGAAUGGGAUGAGGUUUUUGUCUGAUGAUUUUGGGAAGUCUAGUGAUGGAGGGCGGUCGUCUCGCUUGAAUUAUGGGGGGAAGGGUGUGGAUGGUGAUGGUAGGUUGAGAAGGAAUGGGAAUGCAAAUGGGAGGAGGCUUUCGUCAUCUAGAGAUGGAGAACGGUCUUCUCUUUCGAAUUAUGGGAGGAAUGGAAUGGGUGGUGAUGGUGGAUUGAGAAGAAAUGGGAAUGGGAGGAGGGUUUUGUCUGAUAAUGUUGAUCGGUCUAAAGAUGUAGAGCAAUCUUCUCGUUCAAAUUAUGGGAGGAAUGGAGUUGAUGGUGAUGGUGGAUUGAGAAGGAAUAAAAAUGGGAGGAGGGUUUUGUUUGAUAAUGUUGGUAGGUCUAGUGAUGGGGGACGUUCUUCUCGUUUGAAUUACCAGAGGAAUGGAUUGAAUGUUGAUAGUAGAAUGAGGAGGGAUGGUAAUGGAAGUAAGUAUGCUUCAAGGGGUGUUGAUGAUGGAGAGCAUUCGCCUCGUUCUUCAAGUUCUAGGGCGUACGCAUCGAGCUUUGAUGGAAGAUUGAGGAAUAAGGGGGGUGGAAGGAAAGUUCUAUCCAAGGAUGUAUAUGGGUCCAAUGAUGAUGGAUUGAGGAGUAAGAAGAAUGGAAGGAGAUUUAUGUCAAAGGAUGUUGAUGGGUCUAGUGGAUUUUAUUCGGAGGGAGUUGGUUCUGUCAGGAAACAGAGAGGGGCUAAUUCCAUUGGAGGCCGAAGUCGAGGAAAGUAUACUAAUAGGAACUCAAACUAUGCUUCACCAAGAGGUAGAGGUGCAAAAUCUGAAGUUUAUGACAUGGGUUUGCAACAAGAUGGGAGUUAUGGGUUCCAGCAGAAGCAUGAGCAACCUGACUCUGCAAAUUGGUAGAACCAUGGGCUCUUAAUCUAGCCAUUCUAGGGGAUCAACAAGAACUGCUAUUAGCAAAAGGUUUGCACGAGGAAGAUGAUUGAUUAUUUGGCUGAAGGGGUGAAUGCCAGUUCCAAAGCCCUUUCCUAGUCAGCUUAAUUGUACUGAUCUGCAUAUGUGGCAAAUUGAAAUUGGACUAGGCUAGGACUAGUCAAAUGUCAUUUUGUGGAAGUAUUUUUUUUUGUUUUUUGUUUUUUUGUAUAUAUUACAUUUGAAUCUCAAAAGAAAACAUUGAUUUUCUAAUCAAAUUCUUUUGUUUAUUUAUUUAUUUAA